AGCUUUAUACAAGUAUGUUACUAUUGUUGUCUUUGAGCAAUGAUAAGUUUCCCACCAAGCACAUCCAAUAAUUCGUGGAGUAAUUAAACGUCACAAUACCGAUUCUUAGACAAGACUUUUUUUCAAUUGAAUCUAAAUUUGAACAAUCCAGUAAGAAAAUCAAGAAGGAUUUGGUUUAUGCAAUAUAGGAUUACAGAAUAGUAUAUAUAAAUAUUCAACUAUGUAGAAAUUGAAAGGGAUUCCGAACAUCUUUGGAGAACCAAAGAAUUAAGAAGCGAUCAACAAUUUGAAACGCUUCACUUCAAAUAAGUUAGAAUAUGACAUUAAAAAUUAUGCUGCUGUAUUUCCAAUGCCAUAAUUGAUGCAACAGAUACAAAGAUUGAGUUACUUCUCUCAUUUUAGUUUUUUGAUUUGCGGAUAUCCUAAGUUAAAAUUCCAAUCAAAUCAUUUGGUGUUGCAUCAAUUUGAAUGUCUGAAUUAGUUGGAACAUUGUUAGUCAACUGAAUCAUCCAGAGUCAAGGGGUCUAGUGUGCAUGAAUCCAAUACCAAUUUAGAUUCAAAAUUGAAAUUUAAUAAUAUUUACAAUAAUUAUUAAUUAUGAAUAAAUCACAAUAAGAAGCUAUUCAGAAGAACCAUUAUGGCAAACUAGAAUACUGGGAAAGAAGAUAUUCAGAGUAUUAUGUAAUGUUAUUCUAGAAAUGAUAAACCAUUUGAAUGGUAUUAAAAUUAUGAUAACUUAAAAGACAUUGUUACACAAUACAUCAAUCACAACAGUCGUAUUCUCAAUAUUGGAUGUGGCAAUUCAAGUAUUCUUAUUCAGUUAAUUAAUUAUAGAUAUUCCUGAAGACAUGUACAAAGAAGGUUAUCAAUGGAUUGUUAAUCUAGAUUUCUCUAAAACAGUAAUUGAAUUCAUGAAAGAGAAGUAUAAGUCUUAUCCUGCUCAUUUUUAAUGUAUUCACUUAGAUCCAUAUAUAGUCGUCUUGGCUGAUGCGAGAGAAUUGCCAUUUGCAAAUGAUUCAUUUGAUUGUGUCUUCGACAAAGGCCUAUUGGAUGCUGUGCUAAGUGGAGACUACUCAGCUUAGAAUUCUAAAAAAGUGAUCAAUCACAUCUACAGAGCAUUAAAAAAAGACACAGGUGUAUAUAUAGUUGUCUCCCAUGGAUUCCCUGAAUAGAGACUUCCAUAUCUAAGCAAGUCAGAAUAUAAUUGGAAGGUGACAUACAGUAAAGUUUAUAAACCUGAUGUCAGAACUAAAAGCUUGGAAUUCGAUGCUACAGAUCUUAAUAAUUAUCAUUUCAUCUAUGUUUGCAAAAUGGAUAGAUACCAAGGUUAAACUGCUGCUUAAGUCAUUGGAAUUUGAUUAUAUUAUACAGACUUAAGAAAUAUUCAUAGAUAUUCAAUAAGAG